UUUAUUUUUUCAUGUUGACGUAAAUAGUUUUCCAUAUUGGACUAGCAAUGGCAGAGACAAGCUAAGAAUAAAUGAGGGAUGACGAUGAAGAGCAGAAAGAAACACAACAACAACAACUGCUUCAAAAAGGACCCAAUUGUGCAACCUCCGCUGCUGCGCUCUGCCCAGUGGCCAUUCCUCACUUUUCCCAAGAUUCGAUUUCCACGAUUCCCAUUUUUUUUCCGUUACUUUCUCUUUUCCGUCUUUUCUCUAACCAACCACACUUGUAUAAUUAACCCUUUCGUUUCUUCAACACACUCCCUCGCUUAUAAGCACGUCGAUUUUUCUCCUUAGCUAUGGUGGCCGACAGCAAGGGUAAAUCCGAUAUCUCUUUCGCCGGAACUUUCGCUAGCAGCGCUUUGGCUGCUUGUUUUGCCGAGAUAUGCACAAUUCCCCUGGACACAGCAAAAGUCAGGCUCCAACUCCAAAAGAAAGCUGGUGCUGGUGAGGGAGUGGCCUUACCAAAAUAUAAGGGUAUGUUGGGCACAGUUGGUACCAUUGCUAGGGAAGAAGGUCUAGCAGCACUCUGGAAAGGCAUUGUACCAGGGCUUCACCGGCAAUGCAUGUUUGGAGGCUUAAGAAUUGGGUUAUAUGAACCUGUUAAGACCUUCUAUGUGGGCAGUGACUUUGUUGGAGAUGUUCCUUUAACCAAGAAAAUUCUCGCUGCACUUACUACUGGUGCUCUUGGAAUUACUGUGGCAAAUCCAACUGAUCUUGUGAAAGUUAGGCUUCAGGCUGAAGGGAAAUUGCCACCUGGUGUACCAAGGCGCUAUUCUGGAGCACUGAAUGCUUAUUCUACGAUUGUGAGGCAGGAAGGAGUUGGUGCACUUUGGACUGGACUUGGACCAAAUAUAGCACGAAAUGCUAUUAUAAAUGCUGCUGAACUUGCCAGCUACGAUCAAGUGAAGCAGACAAUUCUGAAAAUUCCUGGGUUCACAGAUAAUGUUGUCACUCAUCUUCUUUCUGGUCUUGGGGCAGGUUUCUUUGCUGUUUGUAUUGGCUCCCCAGUUGAUGUGGUUAAGUCAAGAAUGAUGGGGGAUUCUGCUUACAAGAGCACUUUUGAUUGCUUCAUUAAGACCCUGAAGAAUGAUGGGCCUCUUGCUUUCUAUAAGGGAUUUAUCCCAAACUUUGGGCGGCUAGGAUCCUGGAAUGUGAUCAUGUUUCUAACCUUAGAGCAGGCCAAGAAAUUUGUCAGAAGUAUAGAAUCAUCUUAAGUUAUACAUGACAAUCAAAGCCUACAGUUUAUGGAUUUUUCAUGGAGAUGGUGGGAGUAGUCUUGAGAAUAAUAAGUUCCCUUGUCAUCAUUCUUGCUAAUUUAGAUAGGAGUUCCUACAAUGAAAAUUUUAAAAUAAUCCCUAUUUGAAAUAUUUUUUUAUAAUAUUUGUACUUGUUAAAUUGCUCCUUUGUGUUCUAGUUCUUUGAUUUUUCUUUUUUUUUCUUUUUUAUUUGAUUCCAAAUUGUUUGAUAAUAGUGAUAUGCAAAUGAAUUUAUUCCCUAUA